CUCCUCCUGCUUGUCUGUCGCCCAACUAAAACCCUAGGAAGCAAUAUCAACGAGUACCGCUCGGGAUCCAAAUUCAAGGACUGGACAUGGGCGAUCAACAGUUCGGUGAGGAGAGACCUCAUCUUUCUGCUCGAGAGGUGUCGGAUAACUUUGUUCCGCAGUAUUACUACAUCAUGCAGCAUUCGCCGGAGUUGCUGCACCAAUUCUACCGGGACGGCAGCUGGCUUGGUUGGUCGGAUGCCCAUAGCGCCCUGGAGUCCGUCAACACUAUCGAUGCGAUCGAUGACAAGGUUCUUUCGACGGAAUUGGGUAGAGUGGAAAUAAAAACGGUGGAUGCCCAGGAAUCUUUUGAAGGCGGGGUAACUGUGCUUGUGUCAGGGUAUCUCAUUGGAAACGAUUAUGUCAAGAAGAACUUCAUUCAAUCCUUCUUUCUCGCACCUCAAGAGAAUGGAUUUUAUGUCUUGAAUGAUGUAUUCAGAGUUGUGGAACAGGAAAGCCACCACCAAGAGCAGCAGCAGCAUUUGCCGAAUGGUGCCUAUGCACCUCUUGUUGACGAUGAUCAUGAUUUGCCAUCAGAAGAUGUCACUGAUGACCAAACAGUUCCUUUGCCGGAAGAAGAUGUCUCUAAUCCUUCUGAAAAUGGAGAAAUUGAGGAAGUGGCAAAACCUAUAGUUGAUGUUAUUGUGGAUGACGCUAAUGAUUCUCAGCCACGGUUGGUUAAUUCAGAUGUUGAAAUUGUGCAAGCCAAUGUGAUUGAGGAAGCUACUCAGCCCCAGGUUGUUGAUUCAAAUGUUGAAAUUGCACAAAAUGUUGCCAGUCCAGAAGUUGUCAAAGAUUCUCAGGAGGAGGCAGUGGAUUCAAAACGAUCAUAUGCUUCAAUCGUGAAACUCAUGAAAGAAAAAUUCUCCGAAUCAGCUCCUGCGCAUGCCCCCUCUAAGCCCAUAUCCAUUAAAACUGAACCUCAAGCCACCCCCGCACCCACUGUUGCUCAAGUAUCCGACAUGCCUGAAUCCACUUCUACUGUUGCUGAUAGCAGCAAAAACCAAGAAAUCGCAGAAGCAGAUGGGCAUUCGAUAUAUGUGAAAAAUCUUCCUUUGGAUGCAACUCCUGCUCAACUCGAAGAAGUGUUCAAGAAAUUUGGUCGUAUUAAGCCAGAUGGUAUCCAAGUUAGAGGCAAUAAGUUACAAGGUUUCUGUUUUGGGUUUGUGCAGUUUGAGGCGGCAACUGCUGUUAGCAGUGCGAUUGAGGCAUCACCUGUACUGGUCGGUGGUCGUCAAGUCUAUGUUGAAGAAAAACGAGCUACGGGUGCACGAGUUACUAAUAAUAGAGGAAGAUUUCCACCAGGAAGAGCGUUUCAGAACAACGGGCGAGGUCGUGGCAACUACGCCGGGAGAGGAUAUGGUAGGUUGAAUUUCAACACCAGAUCUGGAACCGACCUUGGAGGUAGAGGUGCUGGUAGGGGUGCCUACUUAAAUCGCGGCAAUGGCCUUGUAUACCAGAAGGUUGCUUCCAUGGAAUCAAACGACGGUUCCCAUUAGCUCUUCCUCUCGUGCAAAGGGUCUUUCGAUGGGACUCCUUGUUCUUAUUUGAGUUAUUUUUUAUGUUAUCUUCUAUAUUAUUACCUUAGCAACACUUCGACUUAUCUUGGAAAUUAUUGGUUCAAUUGGAAUUAAUAAUAUUAUUAUUGCGAGUUUCUGUUCA